CCACUGUUUGCAAAGCAGCUUUCAGUCUGCGCGAUUCGUAUUGUUACUAGGGUUUUUGGUUGAUUGCAGCGGAAGAACUCCAAAUUUGUUGUCAUGAAAAUAAUGGUAGAGUGAAGUCCACGUACAGUAGAUGCUCGAAGGAACCAACGGUCGCUACUAGAGUUCAGCAGAUUCAGGUGGUUUUAAAAUGGCAGUUAAGUUAAAUCGAUUAACUUCCUUUAGUGCCGGCAUUUUAGAGCAUCAAUGUUUUCCCCACCUUCUGGAUCUGGAAGCCUGGUCGAUCGAUUCAGGUGGUGACAUCGACCUUCGAUACCUACCCGUCACCGAUUUGACCAUCCCGCUUCUCCAGUGUGGUUUCCGCAGGUUUCAGGAUGUGUUCGCGGAAGUUUUUCGUUGGUGGCAACUGGAAAUGCAAUGGAACCGUUGAUGAGGUGAAGAAAAUAUGCUGUAUGCUAAACAAUGGAGAAGUUCCUUGUCCAAAUCAUAUCGGCUAAUGCAGAGACGAUCAUUUCGCCUCCGUUCGUAUUCAUUCCCUUAGUGAAGAGUAUGCUCCGGACGGAUUUUCAGGUAGCUGCCCAAAACUGUUGGAAAGGCAAGGGAGGAGCUUUCACUGGCGAAAUCAGUGCGGAGAUGCUGGCAAACUUGCACGUGCCAUGGGUCAUCCUGGGUCACUCUGAAAGAAGACAAUUGUGUGGAGAAACUGAUGCGAUAGUGGCAGAAAAAACAGCAUAUGCAUUGGAUAAUGGAUUGAAGGUUUGCCUUUGCGUUGGUGAAACUCUAGAAGAACGAGAGAGGAAUGAGACGGGUGCUGUUGUUGCCAGGCAAACAGCAGCAGUUGCAUCAAAGAUUUGUUGCUGGGCAAACGUGGUAAUAGCAUAUGAACCUAUUUGGGCUAUCGGAACUGGCAAAGUGGCUACUCCUCAGCAAGCACAAGAGGUUCACUACAACCUUCGAAAGUGGCUAGACUGCUAUGUAAGCCCUCAUGUAGCUAUGAACAUGCGAAUAAUUUACGGAGGCUCAGUAACAGCUGCAAACUGUAAGGAGAUCGGGGCCAAUCCGGAUGUGGAUGGUUUUCUUGUGGGAGGCGCAUCUUUAAAGGAGGAUUUCAUAGCUAUAUUAAAUGCAAGAAACUACCAGCAUUGAAGAAAAGGCGACUGUUUUCGUGCAGUGAUCCGAAGCAAUGGUUAGAGAACAUGUGUCCUGAGUUAACAUGCGACUCAUCCACAUCUUACUUUUAAGAUUGUGCUCGAUUAGGUUCACAAUGUCAUUUUUAUUUUUUUGUGAUAAUGCAACUACUGUGAAAUAUAAAAUUGGUUUGCAUGUUCAUCGAAAUCAGGUCCAACGCUAAUCUAUAUUCUCAGCACAUUUGAAGUGGGCAUGGAUGCUGAUUACAUGAUAAUAACACGUGCUUUGUCCACAUCGGAUAAUUAUUCAACACUAGUUUAGUUAAUAUAUCAUAUGAUUAUUUCAGUGCUUA